CUUUGGUUUGCAUUCGUUAAUGGAUUCUCCGGACAGAUUUUAUUUGAGCGGUGGUGCAUUGGACUCUACAAUGUGAUUUUCACAGCAUUACCUCCCUUCACCUUGGGAAUCUUUGAACGAUCGUGCUCCCAAGACAACAUGCUUAGGUUUCCCCAGCUCUACAAAAUUACUCAAAAUGCUGAUGGGUUCAAUAGCAGGGUGUUCUGGGGUCAUUGCAUCAAUGCCUUGAUCCACUCCAUCAUUCUUUUUUGGCUUCCACUGAAAGCACUAGAACAUGAUGCAGUAUUUACAAGUGGCCAGGGUGUUGACUACCUGUUUGUUGGAAAUAUUGUUUAUACGUAUGUUGUGGUGACAGUCUGUUUGAAAGCUGGCUUAGAAACUACGGCAUGGACAAGAUUCAGUCACUUGGCCGUCUGGGGAAGCAUGUUCCUGUGGCUCAUCUUCUUCGGGGUCUACUCUACCAUCUGGCCCAUCAUUCCUAUUGCACCAGACAUGCUCGGGCAGGCGGGAAUGGUAUUGAGAUGCGGACACUUCUGGAUAGGUUUAUUGCUAGUGCCCACAGCGUGCCUUGUUAAAGACGUGGCAUGGAGAGCGUAA